AUGCAGAGCGAUGAGAAACUUCCCUCUAUUGAUUAUUUCAAGCAGUAUCAGGCCGGUGUGAAAAAAGCCCAAACCAUUGUCAUUGUCGGUGGUGGUGCAGUUGGUGUUCAAAUGGCGUGUGACCUAAAGGAGGUCUAUCCUGACAAGAAUGUCACUCUUAUCCACUCUCGCGACCAGCUAAUGCCAGUCUACAACGAGAAGCUGAGCAAUAUUAUCAAAGAGCGCUUUGCAGAGUUGGGUGUAAAUUUGAUUGCUGGGACGCGGGUCAUUGUCCCCACUGAUGGAUUUCCUAAUGACGGGAACCCAUUCGAGGUAGAACUCAAGGAUGGCAGGAAAGUGUCUACAGAGCUUGCAAUUCUGGCCACUGGACAGACGCCCAACAACGCAUUCCUCAGCGAGUUGAAGCCCUCCGAACCAGAUUCGAUCAUCAAUCCUGCCAAUGGCUUCAUUCGUGUUCGCCCAACAUUGCAAUUCAAGGAUCCGCAGUAUCCUCAUCUAUAUGCUGUUGGGGAUAUUGCUGACUCCGGCGCACAUAAAGCUGCGAGACCAGGGGCUGGACAGGCAGCAGUAGCUGCCAAGAACAUCUUUGCUAUGAUUGAAGGGAAAGAGCCUGCAGAAAAACUCGAAAUUGGACCAGCGGGAAUACAUAUGACCCUGGGAUUGAAACAUAACAUUGUCUUUAGGAAUCCCGAUCUCAAGGAAGGAGAAACAGAGCCAAUGUGUAGACCAAGAGAAGAGUAA